UCUUUUGCAUGAUGAAUUGUGGUGUUAGCUCAAAAACUCUAGAGAGGAUCUGGUGCUGGAGUCACAAUUUGAAGAACAGAAGUUCUCUAUUUACACACAGAAUGGGUACAGCAUAAAUUAAAGGCAACUCAAGAUUCCAGUGUACAAUACUACAUCUCCGCCUGACUGUCUGCAGGGCAAGGCUGAUGCACACCAGCAGAUUGCAAACGGACAUGAGAUGCUUUGCUCCCAUCAGCACACAUCUCACACUGUGUUACUGUGUCACUGGCCGGAUUCUGAUCUCAGUCACAGUAGUGUGAAUGUAGAGUAGCUCUGCUGAAGUCAACUGGUUAAUGAGGAGUCAAACCAGCCCAUAUCUUUCUCCACCAAAUACAAACCACAAUGGAAUUUACUGAGUGUACUCCUACACCAGGACUGCAGAGAGCAUUUCUGGAAUAAAUGGCAGAGAGAAACCACACCACGGUGACUGAGUUCAUUUUCGUAGGAUUCACAGAUCAUCCAGAGCUACAGAUCCCCCUCUUUAUGUUGUUCCUAGUGAUGUAUGUGGUCAGCCUGAUGGGGAAUCUUGGGAUGAUAGUGUUAAUUAUGGUUGAAACCCGACUUCAUACUCCCAUGUACUUUUUCCUAAGCCAGAUGUCCAUUGUAGACAUUGGCUAUUCCACUGCCAUAGCUCCCAGGUUGCUAAUGACCUUUGUAGCAGAGACUAGAACCAUUCCUUUGAUUGAGUGUGCGGCACAACUAUUCUUCGUCUGUUUCUUUGUGACCAAUGAAUGUUGCCUCCUGGCUGUGAUUGCAUAUGACCGCUUCAAAGCUAUCUGUAAUCCUCUGCUAUACAGAGCCAUUAUGUCCAAGAGACACUGUGUCUUGUUUGUGGCUGGUACAUAUGUAUGUGGCUCUGUGAAUUCAGUUGUGCAAACUCUAUUUAUAUUCAGUCUGUCCUUCUGCAGCUCCAAUGUUGUCAACCAUUUCUUCUGUGAUGUGCCCCCUAUGCUGAAGCUGUCCUGCUCUGACACCCAUGUCACUGACCUUGUACUUUUCACUUUCUCUACUGUAAUUGGAAUGACUAGUUUCCUGGGUGUCCUAAUCUCCUACAUGUGCAUCCUUGUGGCAAUUCUCAGGAUCCGUUCUGCCAAGGGGAGACACAAAACCUUUUCCACCUGCGUCUCGCACCUGACAGUCGUCACUAUGUUUUAUGGGACACUGAUAUGUAUAUAUUUAAGACCCAGUUCUAGCUACGUGAUGGACCAAGACAAGGUUACCUCUGUGUUUUAUGCCCUUGUGAUCCCCAUGUUGAACCCCCUGAUCUACAGCCUGAGAAACAAGGAGGUAAAUGAUGCCUUUAAAAGGAUGAUAUACAGGAAGAAUUUUUCUUGGUAA